AUGAGAGAAAUAGAUACCCAAACACAAGAAAAAAAUUGUCAAAUUUCCAAAGAUUUAAAUACUUAUACAAAUAAUAUUCUAAUAUUUAAGAAUAAUGUAAAACACAUAGAAGCUCCAGUUUUAGCAAUAUAUCCUAUAACAAUUAUAUUAGGAACUCUUUAUAAAUUAAACAACAAAACUCGUGAAUCCUAUUUUUCUCAUAGUUCAAAUAUAUUUAAUAUUGUUUUUGUUAAAUUAGGAUGGUUUUGGACAACCAUAGUAUUUUUAUAUCAUUUAUCAAGAAUUGGACACAAAAAUAUACUAAAAGCAUGCUUAAGAUGGUUACUUGUAACACUAUGGUGGUUUUUUAUUACGCAAUGGUUUUUUGGUUCUUCAAUUAUGGACCGAAUUUUUAUAUGGACAGGAGGAAGCUGUAAAUUUUAUGAUUUAAAACUAAGUAAAAUUUAUGAAAAUUCUGUACAUUCUUCAAUGAAAUGCAAAUUAGCAGGUGGAAAAUGGACAGGAGGAUAUGAUUUUAGUGGCCAUGCCUUUCUUUUAACACAUGCAUCACUUUUUUUAUGGUCAGAACUUUUACUUGCAUUAAAUUUUAACCCAAAAUGUGCAAAACAAUCACAAACAAUAAUUAUCAUUAUUUUAUUAUUUUUAUGGUGGUAUAUGCUGCUUAUGACUGCAUGUUAUUUUCAUACAUUAAUGGAAAAAAUAACAGGAUUAAUUAUAGGAUAUUUCACAUGGGCAAGUAUUUACUUUUUUGGAGCUAAAAAUCCUAUUGGAAAGAAAGUUCUUGGACUUUUAAACUAA